UAGGUGAGGGACGAGUCCAGCUAUCACUACACGAAGAGGACUAGAGCAGACGAUGAAAAUGUCCGCUUCCGCUGCGGCCGCCUCCCCCGCCCUCCGCUUCUCCUCCGCCACUCCACCACUAGCUCCUCUCCAUCGACCGCCCCGCCGGCGGCUCCCGACCGUCCGGUGCUCCCUCGCCGCCGCCCCCGGUGUCCGGGCGCCACCGGAGCUCGUCGACUCCAUCCUCUCCAAGGUGAAGGGAACUGACCGUGGAGUGCUGCUGCCUCAAGAAGGUCACCAGGAAGUGGCUGAUGUCGCGCUGCAGCUAGGGAAGUACUGCAUAGACGACCCCGUCAAGUCCCCGCUUAUAUUUGGAGAAUGGGAGGUCAUGUACUGCUCGGUGCCAACCUCGCCAGGAGGGCUUUACCGGACGCCUCUGGGCCGCCUGAUAUUCAAAACUGAUGAGAUGAUUCAGGUGGUGGAAGCACCUGACAUAGUGAGGAACAAGGUGUCAUUCUCCAUCUUUGGCCUAGAGGGCGCAGUAUCAUUGAAAGGUAAGCUGAAUGUGUUGGACAGUAAAUGGAUUCAGGUCAUAUUUGAAGCCCCGGAAUUGAAGGUAGGCUCCUUGGGGUUCCAAUACGGUGGCGAGAGUGAAGUCAAGCUGGAGAUCACCUACGUCGACGAGAAGAUCAGGCUAGGAAAAGGAUCCAGAGGCUCGCUCUUCGUCUUCCUUAGACGAUGAUAAGAAUGGCAGCAUGUGUGUACUGGCAUAUGCUUUGAGUUGAGACCACAAGCACAAGGGAUGGCACUGAUGUGGUCGUCUGUACGAUAUUGUACGUAUUCAGGGUUUUUACAUGUAAAAUUCAGGAGUAAAUCUGGGCUGGUAGCUGCAGAUUUAACCUGACGAACAUUGUUGUGUAGUUUGUGGACGGCAGUCCAUAUUGCAUGUAGUAUUCAUUGGUGUUGUAUAAGAUAAUGUUUUGGAUUCUGAUACACCAGUUUGACGAACCAAAUCAACACGACACGUUUGGACUACAGAGUAACAGA